GCGAACGAAGGCAUUGCAUUACAUACAGCAAUAGUGAGGAGUCAGUCUCCUACAACGCCUCGCUCCAACCCUUGCUACACUGGGCAUGAAGAAGCGAGCUCGCAUCCUUCACUAGCGCCAUGCGAGCCGUAGCCUGUUCUUCCAUCAGGAUUCAAGCGCUACAUGCAAGCCACCGAACCUUUGGACGGGCACUCAGAACCCUAUCAGCUUUGUAGCGCUCCUGCUUUGGCCCUGUUGAUUGUUGGCGCGCCUCUACUUCUUUCCCGACACGAGUUGGCUGUUUCUACUGCAUUAUCUACUGACGGUGACAAGCCUUCGUUCCACGUGGCCACCAGGCCCAAGAUUGGACACUACUAAUCGUGCGACUUUGCAUAAACCUUGGAUCUCGCCGUGUACAAUUGCCGGCCUAGUGGCGAGCGAAUCGAAAAGUUAUUGCAUACCUAAGAAGAUAUACUGUCCACGCAACCGUCCACGGCGAGCCUCUCUCUUGUCGACGUGCUCCGCUGGGGUAUUGAAGCUGCAACGCUAAAUCCACUGCCGACUCUGUGGGGCCAUUGAUUACACAAGGGAUGCCCACCGCGACUCGAGAAUUGCAUUAUGUUAACACGAAGCUGCCCAAGCUACGCACCACAUACCAUAUACCAGUCGCGAUGUCCUCGCCAUCAGGAGUGUCGGCCAGCAAGCAAGACUCUAUGUCCCCAGCGCAGUCGAGGGAACUACCCAUGCCGGUAAUAUCACGAUUCACGAGCAUAGAUCAAGCUCAUGCAACUCUUCAGCAUUGCGCAACGAGGUUGAACAACUCGUGGCAAGGAAAUCCAGCUCGAUCGUCACCACCAAGCCCCCCAAUCGAUGGCAACGAGAAGCUCUUCUUCCAGCAAUGGCUCGCACGAUGGGAAUCGGCUUUCACAGCCUAUCUCUCCGUCCACAUGUCGAGCAUGUCUGCCAAUGAUGUGACGCAGUCGCGAACCUUGAAAGCAAAUCACCUCUCCUGUACCAUUCUUGCGUCAGAUGCUGGUCCGAGCAAGAGAGAAUACGGCAUCUUCACAGCAGAAUUUCAGGCAAUCGUCGAGCUCGCGAAUGCAGUAAUCUCGUUACGACCGCCGCGCUCCAGAUCACCAGCACCGGUAACCAGCGCACUCGACAUGUGCGAACCACUCUACGUUGUGAUUGCUUGCUGUGACCGAAUGUCAACGCGGAACAAGGCUAUCGAACUCCUGGGCAAGAUUAAUUCACGUUGAGAAAUGGUGCACAGUGGCUAUUCCAUCACUAGCGGUGACGCACGUGGAAAGCCAAUACAUGAGCGGGCUUCUUUCCGGACUUUGCAGCGGCACAUCUGGUCCACGACAGUGAGCGCAAAACUCCCUUUGGUCACCAGAACUUCAAAAAGGUUCGAUAUUCCGUCUGGCACGUUCCUCCUAGGACGAUCGUCCCACUUUCUUGUAUGUCGUCUGGACUCUGAGAUGGAAUAAUCGGGAAAUAACUCACCACACUCCAACAAUUUCUCUUCUGAUCCCACCUAUUGACAUACGCUGCAGCAUGAGCCCAGUGAUGACAGGGACGGUGGUGGAUGCAGCAUCAGGUAUACAUACAUUAUGCAGGAUGGCAGGUGCGCCGCAUGUUACCUAGGCACGGCAAUCAACAGCGGCCCGUUGACCUUCUGGAAUGACCUUAUACCGAAGCCACGAACAUAUUUUCCUCCCCAUCAGUGCCGUGGGAUUGUUACUACCGAAUUCAAAUCUUUGCACCAUGCAUACCUAAGGAGGUACUUACCUACUGCGCUACCUCUUACAUUGUAGCAAGCACCGUACCCUACCGUCAUCAGAUAGCCGACAUGCACAUAUGUAGUUAUAGAGUUCCAAGUGCUGCAAUAUCUCUCUCUCCCUGAUUAUAACGUCAGCUGUGGUCGCAGUCUCUGAUGAUAAAACUGAUAAACCGUAGGGAGUUUGUUGCGAAUUGUCGAUUGCAGAACAGUGGGAAGGCAAUCACAGCACGUAUUAUACCUAUACCUAGGC